AUUUCAUGUGUUCCAUAGAAUUGUUACUAACGAAGUGAACUGCGCAUGUCUUUUCGUUAGUUCCGGAUUUGUAAGGAAAGGAAGAUCACUUGCUCCUCACUCAAACAUUAAUCAUACACAUAUUAACACACAAAAUGGCUUUAAAACGAAUAAAUAAGGAAUUACAAGAUUUAGGCAGAGACCCCCCAGCACAAUGCUCAGCAGGUCCAGUAGGGGAUGAUUUAUUUCAUUGGCAAGCCACAAUAAUGGGUCCACCUGACAGUCCAUAUCAAGGAGGAGUAUUUUUCCUUACAAUACACUUCCCUACAGACUACCCAUUCAAGCCUCCAAAGGUUUCAUUCACAACUAAGAUAUAUCACCCAAAUAUAAACAGUAAUGGUAGCAUAUGUCUUGAUAUAUUACGUUCACAAUGGUCUCCCGCUUUAACCAUAUCUAAAGUUCUUCUCUCUAUUUGUUCCUUACUUUGUGAUCCAAACCCAGACGACCCAUUAGUUCCAGACAUAGCCAGAUUGUUUAAGACUGAUCGUAAAAAAUACAAUGAUACUGCAAAAGAGUGGACCAGGAAAUUCGCUAUGUGAUUCAAAACUUUCCAUGGAUAAUUAACUGACAUUUUUUUUUUAUACAACAUUAUGAUAUAAAAUAGAUUUGAAAAUAUAUGAAGAAUUUAUUUGGGAAGUAAAUGAAAAUGGACAAUGACUGAUAACUUUAUAUGCACUAACACAUUUUUGUCCAGUCAUUGAUUGUUUUGUACAAGUACAUAUUUAAAGAUGCUCCCUAUGAAUUGAAUUGUAUGUACAUAUUUAUUAUAUAUUUAUCAUUUCUAAAAUGCUAAUUAUAGCUUUUCGUCAUCAUUAAAUAUGUACUUCAGUUCAUUUGCUCCCAAUUAUUGUAGUAAAAACUUUGCUUCUAAAAAUAUUAUUGAACCGUUGGAAAUUUUGGUUAAGAACAUAAAAUGAUGUGAUAAUUUAUGCAAGUCUGUGCACGUGGUUUGUCUAAUUAUAAUACCUCACAAAGUGUGAUAUGGUUUUUACACAGAAAAUACUUCUGGUAAUGAAAUAGUAUUUUUAGAAGUGAAAUGUCAUACAAGUCUAUGUUACCUUUGUUUUUUGCAUGUCCAGUCAGUCAUUUGUGUACAUGUACAGUAGUUGUUUCACACUCUACACAAUUUAUAUAUGUUGACAUUUUGUAAUCUUUAUUUUCAUGCUAUCAUUAUAAUUGUAUAGUGGAAGUUAAGGAAUAUUUUGACUAUUUUUUCAGUGCUUCUGUCCAUAUGCUCGCUCUUAAAUGACCCAAACCCAGACGAUCCUUUAGUACCAGAUAUUGCCAGAACGUAUAAGACAGACAGACCCAAGUAUAAUGAAAUAGCUAAAGAAUGGACACAGAAAUAUGCUACGUAAAAAUGCUAAAUGAUAAACAUUGUUUUGUGGUACGAUAAAUGACAAAAGCGAAUUUAUUGAAAAUCUUGUACAAGUGCUAGAUACUAAAAUAGUGCAGGAAGACUUUUUUCCAUUUUUAUUGACAUGUUUUGUUUUUUAGUCCAUUUGUAAGAAGUUCUUACAAACAAUACAAUAUUGUAAAUUUUACCCAUUAGAUAUUGUGAACAUUCAAACUUAUUCUUUUUUCAGAUUUUGGUACACAAAUUAUUCUCUGCCAGACCUUUUUUAUUUUCUGUUGGUAAAGAGAGUUAAUGAUUAAAAAAAGCUUAUAAAACUUGUGUUAAGUCUUUGAAUAUAUGCACAUGAUUUAGAUAUUUGUGAGGAGCUGUGGUUAAUGGCAUGCAGAAUGUACAUCAUUGUUACCAUUGCAAAUGUUCAAGUUCAUUAUAAGUUUAUUUAAAUCAGACAUGCUUUAUAAAUGUAAAUCAAUUAUAUGUUCAAGUAAAUAAUAAAAUUUGAGUUUUUCCACCAUCUUUAAAGUGUUCUUUAAUUCUUCAUCAAUUCCCUCUCAUUCUUAAGCUAUUGCCUUUUUGACGUCAAGCAAUAAAAAGAAAUCAAACAUGCUUAUGGUAUUGAUUACAAUUAUUUUUGUCAGUUCACUAGAAAAAAAACAUUGAAAAUCUUAAGAACAAAUUAUUUUACUGUGCUGCUUAUUCAAAAUUUUAUCCCCCGUAAAAGUUGAUAACAUUUAAAUAAAAAUAUUAAUGUGUACUGUAUGCAAAGGGUUAAAAAAAUCUUCUUUUUUCUUUUAACUAUGAAAAAAUAUUGUACAGGUCUAGCUUUUACAAUACCACAGAAUUUAGGAACAUAUUUUAGGAUGAUCAAAUUUGUGUUGUUAUUAAACUUGUUAUAUCUCUAUAUUUGUAAAAUGUGUUGACAAUUUAUGUAAAUCAUACAAACCUUGCAGAAAUAAAGCAAACAGAAAAAUAUAUCUACAUUUAGGAUUUUCAAAUUAGUAUUUUUCUUUAAAAAAUGUAUGGAUAGUUUUUGUAUAAUUUAAAUCUGCUUUAUACUUGAUGCAAUAUUUCACCCUAAAGUUCUCCAGGUUUAUGUAAAACUAUGUACAUUUCAGUGGUUGCAAACAUUGUCACCAGUCAUGUUUGAAUAAAUAUCUUAAUUCAUA